AUUGCCGUGAUUUCCCUUUUUUUUCAGUGUUCUUUCAUUCUCUACGGUUGUUGAAACUGUAGGGUCUAAAUCUCGCGACCUUAUCAGUAAGUAGCACUCCAUCUCCCUCUUUCUCCGGUGAGACAAAGCUGAAGUCAAAAUUGUGGUUACAGAGAUGGGAACCAUAGACUUUGGUGGUGCUGCUUCUUUAGGUGAAGCUUCGAUUGCUGAUCUCAGCGGUCAGGUUCACCAGGUCCCUUGCUGCAUUAGAUUCGACGGUCCUGCUCAAGUUUCCAACUAUUUCAAGCCUAAGUCCAGUGAGGUUGAAGUUGAUGGAGUGAGAACGGAAGAAGCUUAUUUCAGAGGGAGGAAGUUGCAGGGAGCAACUAUCUCAAUGCCUAGUGGCUACUCUGGCUUUGUGCUUGGUCAAGCGAGUAAUAAGAACGCCAAUGGAAAGAGAAAGGCUUGUAGUGACGAAGAGGAGAAUCCGUGUUGGGAAGUGAAGGCCAAGUUCGAUAAGAUGACGUACUGGAAUCAUGAUACUCUUCCUUCAAAAGACGACACUAUCUUGCGGUCUUUCCAUUGGUUCAGCAUUGCAGAAGCGCUGCACAAGCCAGUUACAGCGGAAGACUUGGUUGCAGUAACAGAUAAUGCAAAGGUAUAAAACAUCUCAGGUGUCAUUUAACAGAUUUGGUUAGGCAAUCUAAGUAUAGAUCUUGACAUUAUAUUACCAAAGCUUGUUGGGUUUAUCAAACUUAUCCGAGCAUGGAGGAUCAUGUAUUAUUAUUAUUUCUGUAAACAUCCUUUUUAAAGAGACUAAAAACGAUCAUGUUUUGCUAGAGAAUCACUCA